AUGGAGAAAAGGAGCGGCGCCAGGGCAGCGAAGGAGAACGCCACGACGAAGAAGCCGAGGAUGCUCCGGAAAUCGCCCGUGGCCAUGAAGCAGCAGCGCCAAGAUGAAGGCCACGAGCCUAGGACCCUCAGCGUUACCCUGGACCGCGACGCCUUGGAGUGCCCGCUCUGCUUCUCCCCGUUCGAAGCAUCCAUCUUCCAGUGCAAGAACGGGCACGCCGCGUGCGAGGCCUGCUGCGCCCGCACCCACCGGGUGUGCCCGUCCUGCGCCGAGCCCAUCGGCGACAUCCGCUGCCGGCCGCUGGAGAACGCCAUCGCGGGCAUGCUCGUCCCCUGCGCGUUCGCCGAGCACGGCUGCACGUGGCGCCUCAGGUUCGCCGAGAAGCAGGUCCACGAGGCGCUCCUCUGCCAGCACGCCCCGUGCGCGUGCCCCGUCCCGGGGUGCGCCUACGCCGGCCUGGAGCUCGGCGACCACAUCCGGGACGCGCACGCCGCGGCGGGCGAUGGCGACGGCGACGGCAACGACGUCGUCAGCUUCGCCGGGUCCGCGGCGGUGACGCUGCGCCGCGGCACGCCUUUCCGGGUGCUCCUGCACGAGACGGACGCGCGCGUCUUCCUGCUGCUCAACGGCGGCGGCGUGCCCUCCGGGCGGUCGCUGUCCGUGGUCUGCGUCGGCCCCCGCCCCUGCGGGAACAAGUCGCUGGAGUACACGCUGCAGGUCGGCGGCGGCGGCGAGCCCGGCGCGCUCGCGCUGUCGGCGUCGGGACCCGUGCCGUGCACUUGCCGCUGGGCGGGGCACCACCCGACCGAGGCGUUCCUGUUCGUGCCGGACGCGUACUGGGGCUCCUCCGGCAGCGUCUCCGUCACCGUCCCUGUCAGGAAGGUGACCGCCGACAAGGUCUGAUUGCCCAAGCUGCCAAGACCAAAGGCAGCAUCAGCGUUGGUGUGUUUUGUUUCGGUAGCUCUGGUAUCUGGAGGCCUUGCAUGCAUCCCCGUAGGCAGUGAUCGCCGCAACGAAGUGGGAUGUAUGGAAUGCCUCCAGCUCGUUAGUUCCAUUUCCAUUUGGAAAGCUUCAACUUGAAAUCAAUGGCAUGACUGAAAAUUCGAUGCUCA